UCCCGGGGACGGCUCCGGGUCGGUGGGCGGAAUCGGCGAGUGCCCGGCAGCGCCUGGCGCAGGGUGAGGGCCGGGAGCAGCCGCUGGGGCAGCCCGGGGCGGCGGCAUGAAGGGAGGCGCCGCAGAUUGCUGGAGGUCUGAUUUGUGCAGCACCAUGGACUCAUCAGAAGAGACUGGAGGCUCCUCUGCAGAAGAAAACUACUUUGUGAACUACACCUUCACCGACCGCUCCCACUCAGGCCGCGUGGCCCAGGGUAUUAUGAAAUUGUGCUUGGAGGAUGAGCUCUUUGCUGAUGUUACAAUAUCAGUGGAAGGCAAAGAAUUCCAGCUGCACCGUUUGGUCCUUUCAGCUCAGAGCUGCUUUUUUCGUUCUAUGUUCACUUCCAACCUAAAGGAGGCCCACAACCGGGUGAUUGAGCUGCAGGAUGUUAGCGAGAGUGUCUUUCAGCUCCUUGUGGACUACAUUUACCAUGGAACUGUAAAGUUGAGGGCAGAGGAGUUACAGGAAACCUAUGAGGUGGCAGACAUGUACCAACUGACUGCCCUUUUUGAAGAGUGCUCCCGUUUUCUGGCCCGUACGGUGCAGGUUAGAAACUGUCUGCAGGUCAUGUGGUUGGCAGAUCAACACAGUGACAUGGAGCUCUACACAGCUGCCAAACACUGUGCAAAGUCACAUUUGGCUCAGCUGCAGGAGACAGAGGAGUUCCUACACCUGCCUCUCCGCCUGCUGACAGACAUCCUUACAGAUGGCGUUCCAUGUUCUCAGAAUCCAACAGUUGCCAUAGAAACCUGGAUCAACUUCAACAAGGAGGAGCGGGCGGGCUUUUCAGAGACUCUGCGAUCUAGCCUGAAGGUGAUUGGAGAAAAUGUUCACAUCUACCUGAUUGGAAAGGAGUCAUCACGUACACAUUCCCUCGCUGUCUCUCUGCAUUGUGCUGACGAUGACUCCAUCAGUGUGAGUGGCCAGAACAGCCUGUGUCACCAGAUCACCGCGGCCUGCAAGCACGGUAGUGACCUGUACGUCGUUGGUGGCUCCAUUCCACGACGCAUGUGGAAAUGCAACAAUGCAACUAUAGAUUGGGAAUGGUGUGCUCCUCUGCCCCGUGACCGGCUCCAGCACACCCUUGUCUCUGUGCCAAGCAAGGAUGCAAUAUAUUCACUGGGGGGGAAAACUCUACAGGACACUCUCUCUAAUGCUGUCAUAUAUUACAGAGUACGAGACAACGUCUGGACAGAGACCAGCCAGUUGGAAGUGGCAGUCUCUGGAGCUGCAGGGGUGAACCUUAAUGGUGUCAUUUACCUGCUGGGUGGGGAGGAAAACGACUUAGACUUCUUCACCAAGCCCUCUCGCCUCAUUCAGUGCUAUGAUACCAACACAGAGAAAUGCCACGUGAAGCCAUACGUCCUGCCUUUCGCAGGGCGCAUGCACGCUGCUGUGCACAAGGAUGUGGUGUUCAUUGUGGCCGAGGGGGACUCACUGCUGUGCUACAAUCCCCUGCUGGAUAGCUUCACGCGGCUAUGCCUCCCUGAUGCCUGGAGUUCAGUACCAUCCCUCUGGAAAAUUGCCAGCUGCAAUGGCAGCAUCUAUGUCUUUCGUGACCGCUAUAAAAAGGGCGAUGCAAAUACUUUUAAACUUAACCCAGCCACCUCUGUUGUAACAGUCACAAGUGGCAUCAAAGUGCUGCUCACUAACCUGCAGUUUGUCCUGGCCUAAACAGGCCCAGUGAUAGAAAGACAGCAACAGUGUCUUGCUGUGCAGCUCAAAGACACCUGCAACCCUCAAGCACCAGUCCCAAUUACUACAGGCUCACAACACCCAGUAACGACCCCAUCCUCUGUGCCUGUGCAGAGGAAGUACAGGCUUUCUGACUGUGGGCCUAUUCUUCUACGUAGCACUAUCAAAACCAUAUUGAACUGUUGUAUCUUAGAUUUCAGAUGGACUAAAUACUAUUACUUUGAUUUCUUGAUGGUAAGCUGCUUGCGUUUGAGGCCCAAAUGGCAGCAAAUGGCUUUUUUAGCCUGGAACCAA